AUGGCCUCCAUUCGCUCGCUGGGUGUCCGCACCCCCGCCGCCCUUCCGUAUUUAAUCCAAGAGGGAAUCCUGCCCGAAGACGCCCCGCCCAGUGCCUACACCUGGUCCGCAUAUAGCGAUGAUGAUGGGGAAGAGGAGGUUACCGCGACUGAGCACUGCGUGGUCUGGUCGCGAGGAGGCAUAAUUCGCAAGGCCUUCAAUUUCGAGGUCGAGGGAGAGAAGGUGCUGCAGGCCGUCCUCACCUGGUUUCCCUCUGGCGAGGCCAACGCCCUGCGCAACACCACCCAAGAUUUGAGGCAGGAUCAUGGUCCGGGGACGCUGUUCGCCAAAGACAGGGUUCGCGAACCAGGCUAUCCCGCGCAUGAGCAAGCAGGAUCUAGCAGGCGCUCUCGAACAGAUGCGCCGCCGGAGAAGCUUUCCCGCGCUCUGGUCGUCUUCCUCAAGACCCAAGCCCAUAUCUUCUUCCUUGCAGGGUCCAGCCAUGUAGUCAAUCUGCCAUUCGAGGUUGAACGUGUCUUUCCGGCACCUCGAGGUCUGCUGAUCCAAAGAAAGCUGUCAAUGCCGGAUUUUGUCCCAGCCAGCCCAGCAGUGCCAAGGGUUCCGCCCAAUUCCUUUUUCUCUCAGCUUCCAACCCAGUCUUCUUCUCAGAAUUCAAACCUGUUCACGCCAAUGGUCAACACUUCUUUCACGAAUCCCCGGCGUGCUAGGUCAGGGCAAGGCGCCGCCUAUCCUGCGUCCCUUGCCGACCUCCUCAAAGCCGGGACGAGUCCAUCUGCAGACGGCCUACCCCGUCUCUUCUCUUUUACCGAUCCCUUCUCUGAGAUGGGCCUGGUGGUUGCGGCCCAACCGCAGGCUGCUAAGAGCUCAUGGUCUGUGAAACAAUCUGGGUCAAAGCCCCUUGACCCCAUAGACAGAGCUGAGGAGGUGCUGUAUGUCACCAAACAGAAUGAAAUGUUGGAUUCCGCCAGCGCUGCAGACAAGCCAUUGAUCUUGGUCGUAACUGUCAAUUAUGAGAAACGGUACUACUCUGUCUGGUACGCGUCUUACGUCGAUCCCAAGCCAGCUUCGGCAAAGAAAAGCCGUCGCAGCUCCACCACCCUGUCUGUUGGUCGUUCUCGCCGGCGAAGUUCUCUGCAUCCGGGGACCGGGGCCACCACUCCUGCACUCAGGACAAGGGAAGGCACAAGAGACAGCUUCGGUGGGCCUAGUCGGGGCUACGCAAAUACUUCAUUCACUGCGAGCCAGACACGCGAGACCAGCAGCGAACAUCAGACAGCAGAAGAAGUGUUCGCGUCCCAGCUUGAUCCGGAGACGGACCUUGCUAGGCAGCCUUCCAAAGAGUCCAGACGCGUGAGCUCUUUGCUUUCUCGAGCGGAUCUGUCGAGGAGUUUCGAUAAAUCAGCCUUCGAACAAGCUACGCAUCGGAGCAGCUUAGGAAGCAGCUUUGGCCACGGUCGAAGAGGCCCAUCCCUUAGCGGCCAUGGACUGCGUACAAGUCUUGGUCCCAGCUCCCGGCCGGCCUCCCGAAAGAUGAGAGCGUCUACUCCAGGUGAUGUUUCACAAAUCAGCCUGAGCGCUGUUUCUCUGGAGGACACCUUGGAUGAUGAUCUAGAUCUCGACAACACCAUUGAUGAUUCAGAAAUUCCUGACGAGCUGCUCGGCGACGGUGACGAAGUGUCCGGUCUGCAAGAGCCAAUUGAGGGGCUGCGCCGGGAACUGUUGCUGGUCAAGUUUUCCGAAUUUCCAUUCGGUACAUCUGAAAGCAUAUUCCAUUCUUCUGUGCACGGGAACCCAAUGAAACCACCCAAGAUAUUCACCCUCAAAGCUCCCAGGUCAUUCACAGACUCCUCUCUCAAUGACGGGCAUUUCUUUCUCUACAUGAUGCAAAAAUCGAAAGGAGAACUUGUCGAGCAUGAAUUCACUGUUCAACGCAGGCGGCUAACACCGACCCCUGCGGCUAGUAUGGGUGGCUCAAAGUCGAAAGAACCUCACAACAUCCUGAUCCCGACUGCGGUCAACACUCGGCGCCAACGAGACUUUAUUGAUGCAAUUAAAAUUUGCGACAACGGCAUACAACGAGUACUAUGCCUAGCCCGAGAUGACGCGGGAGAUUCGCUAUCAGCGGGAUGGUGCCCACAGGCACGGUACACUCUCGUACUCCCCCGAAGGUUCAGGCUUCUGAACCCCUACUCGAUCGGGUUCAGCGCGCCCACACAAGAAGCGAUCGAGGACCCAAAUCAGUCAAUCGGCACUCCAGAAGAUCUGACUGCCUUGGCGCACGCGACAGGGAAUGGUGGCAUUGACGUAAAGGAAGGCACUGGACGAUACCACCGCUUGCAGGUUAAACUCUGGCCACAGAAUGCCGCAGUGUCCAGAGUUCUUUCGGCCUGCCGCUUGAUCCUACCUCCUCCUCAGGGCGACCAUUUGCUGGCGAUUUGGUGGAACAUUUCCCGCAAUCUGCGCAACGAAAUGCGUUUUGAUGUGGAAUGGGCGGCUUUGGUUGCUUCUAUUUUUGCUUUUGGGGUUGGUGGGAUAGAUCCCAAGUCAGUCCGACUCACCGAUUUCACGCGUUCUGUUGAGAGCACGCCGAGUAGGCGGUCACUUCGACGAGGGGCUGCUGACGAUCCUUUCGAGCUGCUGUGGCGCUAUCAGAGCCAGGAUCCUGCCGCCAAGAGUUGGGAUGGAGCUGCAUGGUCUUGGGUGGAACAGACUCUGGCAGAAAAAGCGAAGCCUCGCACAUCCACCAGACACUCUCUUCUUUCUCCCUCGACCAAUUACGGCAUCAAGAGGAAAAGCGAUUUCAUUCCGUUCUGUACCAAGGCUGCUCGCGAUUUCCUCCAGGAGCCUUUGGCUAAGAAGCUUCUUCCAGAGACAGCCGGAAGGUCGACUCGUGCUAAGCACCAAGACUCGCAUACCACUUACCUUCCAUCAAUCCUCGUGGCCUUGCAUCUUCUACGCGAGGAGGAAAAGCUGAACAUCCUCAACAGAGACACUCGAUCCUCUGAGACCGGGAACCUUGCCCCUGUUUUGGCACAGCUUGGGCGCUGGCUUAAUUGGGAAUUCUGGGAUUGGAAGAACACCAGCCCCUAUGGCCUGGAUGGUGCAAGUCUAGAUCAGUGGGUCUUUGAAGACGCUUCGAUUACUACUGUCAUGGUCGCCACUCCUCCAUGGGAGAAGCCCCCUUCGAUUUUCGACUGGCUGGAACGGAUGCUUGAUCCCCGCAGAUACCAGGGGUUUCCGACUCUGGACAUGCUCGUUGGACAGCCAGAGAAACCCCAAACUUCACAUGACUCACAAGCUCUUGCUGAUGUAGUCACUGCUUUGACCCCACGUACAGUGGCACUGUGCAAGUGUCUUGCAAGGAUACGGAGGGGAGAGCUAACGGCUAGUCUGCAAGUUGAGACCAUGCUUGACAGUGGAAUCGACACUCAAAUGCUGGAGACGUUCCCCUCAUCUGUCGUUGCUGGAAUCCGUGAAGCAAUCGUUGAGUGUCAAGCAAGCCCACCGACUACGUGGGAUGAAAGACUGCUUGAGAUUGUCGGUAGAGAGGACCUCACUACGUUGCUUAGACCAGACGCCGAAUGGUCUCCAAGCCCAAUUUCCUUGGUUUCUGCCGCUGGCAUUGCAAGCCGCGAUGUGCAUACGAUUUGUCAAUCUGCAGAGGCCACCGACUCGUCUCAGAGUUCGUCUGAAGCCGACAGGUACAUAAUUACACGGCUCAUUUUCAGCGAAGACCGGCGCUAUAUUGAGGCUCUGCGUCUACUCGAGCCCCUUCGCCCUGCCGUUGCCGAAUGUAUCCCUGAUCCGUCGUGGACGGAAGCCGAACAUCUCGAUGCGCAGAAAAGCGUCAUGCAGUGGGUCAUGCUAAGAACCUUUGCGUUGCCGGCAGGCCACUCGAUGCUUCAAUUUGACAGCAAAAGACCUCUCGUCACGGAGAAGUUCCCGUUGCAUGGGUUCACGACACUAUGCACUAUGAAACCUCUCAACAACACGGUCAGCGCCGACCGAAGCACGUACACCGAAGAGAAGUUCGCAUGGGCCUUCUUUCAUGCGGGUGUCUCGGCCGGUCUCAGCAUCUCACGCCGCGCCAAGGGCAUUGACACGUCUUGGAUUGCCUACAACAAACCCCCAGAGCUGAGCAACAAGCACGCAGGCUUGCUGUUUGGGCUCGGCUUGAACGGCCACCUCAAAAAUAUUGCCAAAUGGCUGUCUUUCAAGUAUCUUACACCCAAGCAUAGCAUGACCUCGAUCGGCCUUCUUCUUGGCCUGUCUGUCUCAUAUAUGGGGACCAUGGAUACCUUGGUCACCCGUCUACUCUCAGUGCACGUUACGCGCAUGCUCCCACCCGGCGCGGCCGACCUUAACCUGCCCCCUCUGGCGCAGACGACCGGACUGAUGGGGAUCGGACUACUUUACCUAAACAGCCAACAUCGGAGAAUGAGCGAGAUCAUGCUUUCGGAAAUUGAGCAUGUUGAGCUUGGGGACCCUUCCGCGCCGUCAGACAACAUCCGGGAUGAAGGCUACAGACUUGCAGCUGGAUUUGCUCUCGGUUUGAUCAAUCUAGGCAACGGGAAUGACCUCCGCGGUCUCCAUGACAUGCGGUUGGUUGAGCGGCUUCUUGCAGUUGCUGUUGGGCCCAAGCCCGUCGACAUCGUUCAUGUUCUGGAUCAGGCAACUGCUGGUGCCGUCAUCGCUAUUGCUCUGGUGUUCAUGAAAACUCAGAACGCAUCAGUGGCACGCAAAAUCAACAUCCCAGACACGCUCCCACAGUUCGAUUACGUCCGUCCGGACAUCUUCCUGCUGCGGACUCUUGCUAAGCAUCUGAUCAUGUGGGACGAUAUCCAGGCAGACUACGCGUGGAUUCUCACCAAUCUUCCAACAGAGUAUGGGCUCAAUCAUAGGCUCACGGAGAUCAAGACUCUUCGCAGCGAGCACAUGCCCUUUUACAACAUCAUGGCCGGUCUGCUUUGGAGCAUCGGCCUCAAGCACGCGGGCACCGGCAACACCAAAGCUCGGGACUUCCUAGUCACCUACCUCGAUCAAUUCAUCCGACUAUGCCACCUCCCAGCCAUUCGCUACGACGCCCGCCUCACCCGCAACACCGUUCGGAACUGCCAGGACCUGGUGGCCCUCUCCGCCGCGACCGUCAUGGCCGGCACCGGCGACAUCGUCGUCUUCCGCCGCCUGCGCCUGCUCCACGGCCGCGUCAGCCCGGACGUGCCGUACGGCUCGCACUUCGCAGCGCACAUGGCUUUGGGCGCCCUCUUUGUCGCGGGCGGCAGCUACACCUUCAGCACGUCGAACCUCGCCAUCGCCGCGCUCGUCUGCGCCUUCUACCCGCUCUUCCCGACGGACGUCCUCGACAACAAAGCCCACCUGCAGGCCUUCCGCCACUUCUGGGUCCUCGCCGCCGAACCCCGCUGCGCCGUCAUCCGAGACGUCGAGACGCAUCGCGCCAUCGCCAUGCCGCUCGCCGUCACCUUCAGAGACGGCACCCGCAGGACUUACUCUGCACCCUGCCUGCUUCCCGAACUCGACUCCAUCGCCACCAUCGUGACGGCAUCCCCCGAGCACUGGCAAGUCACCCUCGACUUCGUCGCCAACCCCGCACACCUCCAAGCCUUCAAGCGCACCCAAACCAUCCACGCUCGCCGCCGCAACCCCGCCGCCGCGCACGCGACAGUGGGCAAUAUCAGCAGCAACAGCAACAGCAGCUUGAUCCAGCAGCAACACCAACAACAACCCCGCCUCGACUUCUUCCCCGCCCCCGCAACAACAACAACAACAACAACCCAAACCUUCAACGCCACCCUCACCGCCCUCAACGACGCCCACCUCGCCAGCACCGCCGCCGCCGCCGCCGCCUCGCGCCGCGGCGGCGGCACCAUCAUGUGGGGCUGGAUCUUCUCGCUGCCCGCGCUGCGCGGAGGCGAGCCCAAAAAAGCACAGCUACUACUAUUGGAGCAACACCACCCGUCGGCCUUGUCGUCGUCGGCGCCGUCGACCAACUCGUCGUCGUUCACGGCCACGUCGUCGUCGUUCCCGCUGCCCGUCGUCACCAUGGCGGAUGUGGGCGCGUUGAUCAUUCCCGUGGAUGCGGGGCCCGGAUCCGGGGGUUUGGGGUCGGGGUCGUUGGGGUUUUCUGGUGGUGGCGGCGGUGGUGGUGGUGGUGCGGCUGCGGUCUCCUCGUCGUCGAACGCCGUCACUGGAUAUGCUGGUGGCGGCGGUGGCGGUGGCGGUGGCGGUGGCAUCGAGUUGCUGACGGAUGGCAAGACGAGCCCGGUCGAUGAGCGGUUGGUCCUGCGGACGGCGGCGCUGAGGGGGUGGGAUGCGGACGGGUUGAGGAAUCUGAGGUUGUUGUUCAGGUGGGCGGAGAGGGCGCAGGACGAGGAGGUUGAGAAUGGGGGGAGCGGCGGCAACGGGGCGGCUGCGUGCAGGUGGUUGGGGAGGGAGGUGGUGGAGGGGUUGAGGGCGGUGGUGGGGGAGAGGGGGAGAGCGGUUGGUGGAGGGGUUGUUUGA